AUGGCCGACAACACCCUCGACGUCGUCGCCAUAAAAAACGGCACCAGCAAUCCAGACGACAGCAGAGUCAUUGACCCCAAGCCGGACAAGUCUACCUUUGUCCGUGUGAAAACCACGCUACCCAAGCGACCUUUCCCCUUAAACGCGGAGAGGAAGGCAGUGUACACGGAACGGCUCAUCAUCCGCCCUCUAUUCAAGACUGACCUCCCGGCUUUGCACGAACUGCGAACCCAGCCGGAGGUGAUGGUGUGGACUUAUUUGGGGGUGGUGGACAAAGACAUUGGGGAGACGUGGCAGAGGUUGGAGAGGUUUGUGGAGGGGAACGAGAGGGAGAAUUACAACUGUGCGAUUUGUUUGAGGGAAGGAGGAAAACUGAUUGGGAUUGGGGGGUUUCAUGAUGCGAUGUGGAGUUUUGGGUGGCCGGAGAUUGGGUAUAUGUUUAGACGGGAGUAUUGGGGGCGGGGGUUUGGGAAGGAGUUUAUGAGGGGGUGGGAGGGGAUUUGGGGGGGGUUGGAGAGGGGGGUGGUUGAGUUGAUGGUUGAUCCGAGGAGUGUGGUUGUGGUGGAAGGGGAAGGGGAAAGGGGGGUGGUGGAGGAGGUGGUUAUUGCUGUUACGGCGGAGGGGAAUAAGGCUAGUCAGAGGAUCCUGGAGGGGAGUGGGUUUGAGAGGUUUUUGACUUGGGAGGAGGAGGAUGGGGGGGGGAGGGGGUUGGUGAGGUUGCCUACGUAUCGGUUUGUGGUUGGGAAGGGGGGGAGGUGA